UGUCAUUUGCUUAAUGCAAGUUUUCUCAUAGUUUUUCGUUGCCAAGCUUUUCUUCGGGGCCCGUUUCCUUUUUCCCUUGGCCUCUGACAAACCAAACCCAAUCUUUCAGUUUUUCAUGUCAGCUUAACUCUCUACACGUAUUGUGUUCAUAUAAAGGGAACGCAAAGCAGCAACUUGAGUAGGAACGAGAAGAGUUGGGUUGGAUGGGGAAGUACAAGUUUAGGCUGUCAGGUAUGAUACCAAAUGCCUGGUUUUAUAAGCUCAAAGACAUGGGCAGCAACAGAUCAAAGCAUAACUCCUCUCAAUCUCAAUCCACCUCCAAGAAAAAUCUCAAGUCUAGGACCAUGUCGCAGCAGACACCUCACGUCUUGCAGCCAUUUUACUUCACUGAGUUCAUCCCAAAACUUCGUGGAUUCGACAACUCACCCGUUAACCAGAACUUCUCAGUCACCCAUUUUCCUGAUCCAGCCAGAAAAUCAUCGAGAAGAUCCAGGAGGAGAACCAUUUACAAGCCUUCCCCAAGGGUUGUCAACCCCGUCUCAGCUACCUGCAUUUGUCACAUCUCUCCCAAUUCAGUUGGAACUCUGCUUCGUUCUCCAGAUUCCUCAUUUUCUUCUAUAGAGUACUCCCCUGGAACUGAGGCCUAUGAAUCCAGUCUCUCUGAAGCAGAAGGUGCCAACACGUUUUCUUCGGACUCCUUCGAUGAUGUAGCCUCAUGGUCCAGCUCCUGCAAAUGCACGCUCAGAUCUUCAAACAAUGAUAUCAUCAUAGACAUGAAUGAUGAAUUGGUUGGAAGAAAAACUGGCAAGCUACAUCUACAUGAGUCCAACUGGGUCAGAGAGAUGAAUCAGCUUCCUCCAAUAUUGAGGAAGCCAAUGUCAAUCAAACAAAAGGCUAGCAAGGCCGCCAACUUAAGAAGUUCGUCCAAGUGGAAAGAAAUACAAGAAAACCAAUCCCUCUCUGUCAAAACGGAGGAGGAAAACAUCAGAAAUGUGGAGAAACUAAAAACCAGUUUUGUUGCUAGAAAGUCAUCUGCAAGUUCGGUAAGUGUAAAACUGAGAGCCAAUUCGCCAAGGAUUGGUAGGAAAAGGAUUCAGGGACAUGCAAGAAGGAAUGUGUCAUCCAGAAGUGAACUGAAGAGCAAGAAUAGUUGCCUUUCGGAGAGCGUUGCAAUGGUCAAGACAUCACAUAACCCUCAAGAGGACUUCAGGGAAUCAAUGGUAGAGAUGAUUAUUGAGAAUAACAUCAGGAGUUCCAAGGAUUUAGAAGAUCUUCUUGCUUGCUACCUCAUUCUGAACUCUGACGAAUAUCAUAAUCUCAUCAUCAAGACUUUUGAGCAAAUUUGGGUUGAUAUGGCUGAACUUCAUAUCUGAAAGCAUUUCAGAUAAUGAAAUACUAGAAAUACGUAUAUUCUAUCUGCUAAAAUAAGACACAUGUAGGUUUGCUUUUCUCCCUUCCUCCACUUCUUAAGUGGCUUUUGCUAAUAAGUAAUAUCAAACUUCUAUCAAAGCAGGUUGUCAACCUCGAGCUGUAGCCAGUAUAUUAUGUUUGUGUUAUUACCAAAUCUAUGAGAUAUGUGGCCGUUUCUACA